CCGAACCAUCAAACAGCAUUGCUACUCUUCUGGGCCGCGCUCAGCGUCUUGGACGAUGGUGAAGGAUGCGCUCUACUCACGCAACGCGAAUAUGCUUGAAUGCAGUGCCAUCAUUCCAUCAAUCGUCUGAGUUCGUGGCGUCGGCGUGUCUUGCGUCGUGUGGCGUGCCGAGCGUCUGACAAAGUCCCUGCCCUUAACUGUAAACGUGGUGGUUUUGGCGCCGGGCCUUCCCCCUUCGCAAGCCGCCUCAGCUCCACCGGCAUCGGGCGCUUCCGGCCCUGCUGCAGCGGCUGCCGCAGCUACUGCUGCUUCAGCCGCCGUGCCACUGCCACGUGCGCCGCCCUCCGCCUUCAUGGGCUUCAACCCCGCCUUGGCGCACGUGCUAGGCCGCGCAUACAGCUCUGCUGCCGCGCCCGCGCCCACUGCGCCCUCUGCAGCCGCCGAUGCCGCAGCGGGCAGCGCUGCUGCGGCGCAUGCCCCCGGCUCCUUCCACCUGUACGACACCACUGGCCUUGACGCCGCCAAGUGCAUCCGGUGCCGCGGCGGAAUGCGCGAGCUGGUGUACCUGCACAACAACAACACCGUGGCGCACCGCGCCUUCUGCCGCGCCUGCAGCGCCGCCGACGGCCGGGCUGUGGGCGAGCCGUGCCCACUGUGCAACCAGCCCGUGGAGCGCGUGCUCAGCAUGUACUGAGUGUUCAGAGACGGCUGGGGAGGGAGGAGCGUGCAGGAGGGCUGCCUCCGGAAGGCACAGAUGUGGAGACCCGCAGCUGAUGGGAGGCUUGCUAUGCUGUGAGGUCUGGGGCAUGUGCGCGAGGAGAUCGUCCACUGCUGUUUCUGCGGUACUGACGAACCUGUACGGGCUGAACUAUUGUUGCAAGGCGCCGAAGUCCGGUACGAGUACGGUAUACCCUGGCUGUGUUUACGAUUCCCCAUUAGGGCCUGAACAAGUACCUCACCGCUGAGCAAGGCUGCUGUAGUCAGUUUUGUGGAGGCGGUGCGGAUGUGAAGAUUUGCACUGGCAACAAAUACUCUGACACAGCUCACAGGCUAGCUGGCGUAACGCACUUCGUGACUUCGGCACGUGUGCUGCAGUGCCGCUCUGGGCACUGGAAGCGCCUCACCUUGCGCCUCGCCGUGGGCCCCAGUUAAGUCAUCCCCG